GUACAGUUAUGAACUCUUGCAGUCUUGACGUCUUGUAUUGGUCCAUACAGUCGGAUCAGUGGUAACCGAAAGUAAAACCUGCACGACUUCGACGGAGUAGUUGAUUGGUGUAAGUGGUCGUGUGCGUGGGAGUCAUCGUAGGAGUUCUUGCAUUGUGGUGAACGUCUGCGCGAAACUCUGAAAAGGUUACCAAUAACUAAGCAUCACGAUUCGAAUUUCGUCAAAGGUUUUCCUACUGAAAUAUUCAUCAAUAUGUCGGAAUCAUCAGUGAGCAUUGGCUCAGCAAAUCAUGCCACCGACGGCAAUGGUAGCAGUGACAGCAGCACUCGAAACACGAUGAAGGAAUUCUGGGACGGGCACUGUACGACGGCAUCUCUGCAAGACGUCAUGCUCGAUUCGAAAGCCGAGACGCUGGACGAAUCCGAGAAGCCGGAGAUCAUGGACAUGUUGCCCAGUCUGAAAGGACUGCGAGUACUGGAGCUGGGUGCUGGCAUAGGGCGCUACACGGGGAAUCUUGCUGAAACGGCCCAACAUGUCACCUCAGUAGACUUUGUGGAGCAGUUUGUGGAGAAGAACCGCCAGAUCAAUGGCGAGCGACAUUCCAACAUCGCGUUUGUGAGCGGCGAUGCGAUGAAGCUGGACUAUGAGGAGAACUCGUUCGACGUCGUCUUCUCUAACUGGUUGUUAAUGUACCUGAGCGACGCUGAGCUGGAUCAAUUAGCCGAGAGGAUGCUCAGAUGGGUGAAGGUUGGAGGCCACGUCUUCUUCCGUGAGUCCUGUUUCCGUCAGUCCGGUGAUCGGCCACGAGAUGCAUCUAAUCCAACCAAGUACAGAGAUCCCAAGCACUACCACCGUGUGUUUGAGACGGUACAGUACAAACAGGACGACAAGACAGCCUACUGCCUGGACCUGAACUUCUCGCGCUGCGUACGCUCCUAUCUGCAGUUGAAGAACAACCCGCAUCAAAUGUGUUGGAGCUGGACAAAGGUGACAACGGUCCCCGUUGCAGACAGUGCUGACUAUUUUGGCUACCAGUCGAUGCGAGAAUUCCUCGAUCAGCAGCAGUACUCUGAGACUGGCAUUCUGCGCUACGAGAAGAUGUUUGGCAAGAACUACGUCAGCACCGGAGGUCCAGAAACAACAGCAGAGUUUGUCCCCAUGCUGAAGCUGCAGAAGAGCGAGAAGAUCCUGGAUGUCGGAUCAGGUCUGGGUGGCGGUGCGCUGUACAUGGCGGAGAACCAUGGUGUGGAUGUGCUGGGUCUGGAUCUCUCUACCAACAUGGUACACAUUGCUCUGGCUCGGGCAGUCAGCUGCUCAGCAGGAUCGGUGCUGUACGAAGUGUCGGACUGCACCAAGCGCCAGUUUCCUGAUGAGUCAUUCGAUGUCAUCUACAGCAGGGACACAUUGCUCCACAUUCCGAACAAGGGAGAAGUGUUCAAGACAUUCUUUCGCUGGCUGAAGCCUGGUGGCCGCAUCCUGAUCUCCGAUUACUGCUGCGGUGAGGCAGAGUGGAGCGAGAGCUUCAAGGCGUACGUAGCCCAGCGGCACUACACACUGCACAGUGUCAAGCACUAUGGACAGCUCUUGCGUGAUGCUGGAUUCGUGGACGUUCAGGCAGAGGAUCGCAGUCGUCAGUUCUGUGACAUCUUGCAGCGUGAAAUCAGCAGAGCGUCGGACGAGCGGACAGAACUGGUCAAGGAGUUUUCUGAGAAAGACUAUGAUGACCUUGUCGCUGGUUGGAAGGCCAAGGUCGAGAGAGUCAACGCCGCUGAUCAAUGCUGGGGCCUCUUCUUUGGCCGAAAAACCGCCUAGGCUGCCAUCACGGUAAAUGCUGAAGGGGCUUCUCUUUGCUGCCUUGCAGCUCCUUGCGUUUGGCAAGAGGACCGUUGCAAGCUCUCAGUCUGCAUGCCCAUGGGAUAUAGCCUGUGCAUGCCAGCAAUGUUAAUGCCCAUUCUUUGCCCGUGACUGAGAACCGCGUGGUACGCAUGAUACACAUGGUACUGUGCAAUGCACUCUACAUGUCCACUGCUUGGCCCCAGCAUUCCGAUCGUCAGCGUCGUCAAUCCAACAGCCUGGUAAGUUUACGCAGACAGCUCUUUCUCUCUCUCUCCCCCCCCCCCCCCUCCUCGACGCACCCAUGACGAAAACUUUGAAAUAUUUUUUGUAGGAUUAUACUUUAAAAUUCAUAUUCCAAUACGAACCAUCGGCCAUUUCUUUCGGAAUCACCGCCUGUAUUUAUACUAUGGAUUUUCAAUACUCAUUACCUAAGAAUGGACAAGGUUCAGACAAGACUCGUCAGUAAUCAGUUUCUGCCACAUGAAAAAUAGGCCAUCACUCAAGAAACCAAACCCUUUUUCAUGGCAUUGUAAUAAUUUAUUCUGUGAUCGAGUUUUUUUGUACUAUUGAAACAGUCCCUAGAUUAUUACUGUAAACUUGCAGAUGCCAGUCAUGUAACAAAUGUUUGAGUCAAACGAAGCUACCCUAGUGUUUGGGAUGAAAACUAACCGGAUGUCGAUCAUGUUCCUUUCUAUUCAGCUCAGUGCUAUUUAUUUUUGACUUUUUGUACAAAGUCCUAUGGCAGGCGUUUGAUAUCCAUUUUCAGUGCAAGAUUUAUGUAAGAUGUUCGUGGACAUACACAACCAUUUUCAGUGUGAGAUUUAUGUAAGAUGUUCGUGGACAUACACAACUGAACUACAAGUAAUUACUGUCUUUCUCUUGGUAUUUAUUUAUUUAUUUUGAUUUAUUUAUUUAGUUGUCUGUGUAGCCCGUCUUUCUUUUCCUUUGCCAGUUACAGUGGUGCUUUUCGAUCUGAGGAAAGACUGCACCUGCUUCCGUGACUCCCCGGUGACUACUGUGGGACAUAUUAUUAAAACGAGUUGCAAAUUUAACGAUUGUCCAAAACUCAUAGGUGUUAAACUGUAUGUGUGUGGAGAUGCAGAGCGGCAAGUGUUACGAACUUGCCGUGGCCAUAUGGUGGCUUUGGUGCUAGGCAUUUCCCAAAUGGGGCCGUUUUCUGU